AUGGACACGAUACAAACGGCAUCAAAAAACGAGUCAGACAAUCGUCUGAAGUGGAGCAGAAAACUUUUCAUUGAAAAAGUGAACUAAUUUUCUUCGAAAUUUAAUCUCCGUCAUUGCAGCCUACCGUCAAACAGCUCUAUAAAGAAUUCGUGAACAAUAAGAAAUGGAAGCCGGAAACAAUGUCUUCGAAGGCGAUGAACGAGAAUCCGGGCAAGUGUCGCUACACCGACAUCGUGUGCCUCGACUCAACGCGAGUCGUUCUCAAGGUUUUGCCAAAUCCUUCAGCCGCAAGAACAGAAUUCCAGGAGCGUCCUCCGGAAGCCGACUUCAUCCACGCCAACUGGAUGAAGAUGCCCGAUGGAGUACAAUAUAUCUCUACACAGGUUUGUCUUGCCACGUGGUCUCGCGAUUUGCGCUUAGGGACCAAUGGAGGAGACAAUUGAGGACUUCUGGCACAUGAUCUACACUGAGAAAGUUUCCGUCGUUAUCAUGCUUUGUGCUUUCUCUGAAGGUCUUUUAAAUUAGGAUUCUUAAGGAAAAAAAAAAAUCAUAUUACAGGAAAAUUCAGCAAGUCGGCCUAUUACUACCCCAUGAAGUCGGAUUAUGAAAAGUAUGGUCAGUACAAAGUAAUCAAGAAAGGGUUGAAGCAGUCGAACAUCGAUAACGUCAAAUAUCGUGUCCUUGACGUCGAAAAAAAGUUUGCUUUCAUCGAUUAAAAAUUAUUUUGUAGAUGACUAGGAACGACCCUGUCCGCGCCGGCCUGGCCGUGGCUUUGGGCCCGUUUGAGAAAAGAUCCUGCGUUUGAGCAGGCCAGGCUGCAAAAAAAAAAAAAUUGAAAUUUCAUCGAAGAAGUUUCAGCGAAAAAUUAUUUUCUUAUUUCUUAAAUCAUAGUUUCUGUUGAACCCUAACUAGGGAACUACUCGGACUCGGAUACGCGUUUCGAGUUGAAACUUUGGUGGCUUAUAGACCCGGGUAAGAGUACUUGGAAACAAGAGUGAAUAUCUGCUAAACCCGAUAGGCUUCUGAGAAAAAAUUAGAAGAAAAUGUGAAAAUUAGGCAUGAAAAUUUCCAUAAUACUGCUCUUUAUCUUAUCAUUAAUACAAUAAUCUCGAAUGAUCCGGCUAUGAUAAACUCUAAAAAACUUUUCUCCAGCCAAAAGGAGGAGGAAAGCAAAAAUUUGAUAAUUUUCAAGCCUAAACUAUUCAUUUUCAAAAAGCUUUUUCGCAGAAGCCUAUGGAGUUUAGCAGAUAAUCUCUCUUUUUUCCAAGUACUCUUACCCGGGUCUAUAAGCCACCAAAGUUUCAACUCGAAACGCGUACGAGUCCGAGUAGUUCCCUAGUAAGUGAAAAAUGAGCAAAAAAAUGUAUUUUGUGGUAAAAAAAAAAGCUUGAUAAUCGACUUAAAAAAUUUGAUCUUAUUGAGCCGGGCCGGCCCUUUUUUCUUGCACAAAAGCUCUCAAAGGAUAUACAGUCUUGAGAUAUUGGAGAUAUCAAUUAAUUGUCGUUUUGAGCGGCAAGUCAUUGACGGUUCACCAUUUUUCUUAUACUUCAUGGCCGGACCACAUUGCUCCGACAUCGCCCACUUUUGCUGUACAGCUGCACCGUUUGGCUCGCCAAAAAGUGUGGUUUUAAUUUGAAAAAUAUUGCUGUAAUUGUUUUCCACGAAAGAAAAGACUAAAAAUAAAAGCAAGCCCUCACUAAAGUCGGCAAAAAGUCUAACAAUGAAAAUGAAACCUGAAAAACAGGCAAAUGGCGGCCCAAUCGUGGUUCACUGCUCGGCUGGGAUCGGUAGAACAGCCACUUUCAUCGGUGAGUGCAUGAAACUGGCUCGAACCAACCCACUUCAGGGAUCGAUUACGGUAUGCAGCGGGUCCGCGAGAACUCGAACUUGGCUCCCUUCGACUUGAUCAAGGAAAUGCGGCGGAUGAGGUUGAUACCUUCGAUGCGUACAUACAUCGCCCUUUUCAGAGAUAAAUCGGUCCAGUCGUAUUUCCAAUACGCCUUUAUGAUUGUUUGUAUCCUCGAAAUCUUUGCUCAGGUAACUCAAUUUUAAAGAUUCAAGAAAAUUAACUGUCAGGAAAUAUUUCAAGUAGAACAAAGAGGCUGACAAAGAAGUUUGUUACACUCGAAAGUUCGAACUAACUAUAAAAUUUAUUAAUCAAACGAAGUAUAGUCCGUUUUUCGCGACUUGAAAAGGCGGUACUUCUCUGCGCCCUCCUUAUCUUUCGACGUCCCUCUCAUGUUUACGUGCUGUUUCCAUGUUUCUCUGACCUCGCCGGUGAGGGAAAAGAGGGACACACACGCGAAAAUUGUCGAUUCGCAGUGGGCGGACUAUAUAUAUAUAUUAUGUAACAAGGGUCUUGAAGCCUACUUUCUUCAUGAUUUUUCACAGAGCUGACGCUUCAGAUUUGAGUUUCCAGCAGAUUUCUUCGGUCAAAAAUGUUUUGCUCGGUCAAUCAAGAAGUUCCUGUGAUAGUUUCCGAGUAUCCUGCAGUUUCGAUAUGAAUUACUUUGCUUUAUGUGAUGCCAUUACUGUCAAUUUAGGGGAAGUAUACAAAAAAAAUUAUUUUUCAUGAAUAAAAAUAUAGUUGAUUCACGGCUGGCUUGAGCCAUCGAAAAAGGGUCCUGACACGAUAAUAAAAGAGGUAGUUCCUGGCUCGUGGAGAGGGCAGACAGGCCACGACCUCUUAGCUUCUCAAGCCAGCCGCGAAUCGGCUUUAAAAGGACUAUUAAACAUUUUUUUAAGUACUAUCAGAAGUUCUGAAAAUUCACUAUUCUUCAACAUUUUCACACCUGCUCAUUUUUUUCCUCUUUGUUUUCUCUAGCGGCAGAUGAGUCAACUUUAAUGAUUUUUGAAAAUUUUUCGAAAAUCAUACGCAAAUUUUGUUUGCGUUUAGUCUGAACUGUAUUUUCAAGCACAUGCUUUCCUCUAACGGGAAAAGUUUGCAGGACAACGCGAUCCCUCGAAACGACAAGCUCAAAAGUUACAUCGAGGAAUACAACAACUCAAUGACAAAGAAAAAGGAGAAAUUGGAUAAAUAA